AUGGAAAGACCAACUCUUCAGAGAGGACUAAGCUCAUUGCAAUCUCAAAAUGUCACAUGGAAUACUUCAAAACCAGCAUCUCCAACUAAAACUAACAAUAGAAACAGAUACAUUAAUACUGCUAGAAAGAAAACUGAAACUGGACAGUCUGAUAAUGGAGGUACGAUGAUAAGAAACGAAGCUAAUGAUGAGCCUAAGUAUAAUAUCGAGAGCAUACCUUGGUAUUCUAAGUAUUCUCCUAAAACUUUAGAGGAUGUUGUAAUUCAUAAAAGAAAGUUAGAGGAUGUAAAGAAUGAAUUAGAAAAUAUGUUAAGUGGUAGAAGCUCUACUCGAGUCUUAUUGAUUACAGGUCCUAGUGGGUCAUCCAAGAGUACAAUAAUUGAAAAAUUGGCAGAAAAAUUAAUUCCUAGAUACAGAUUUAAUCAAGGCGUUUAUACAUCUCUUCGCUCAUUUUCGUCACCUGAUAUUAACUCUAACCAAUUUAUAACCAAAUAUGAAAAUGAUACAAUUGAGCUCAAUUCAUCGACUGUUAAUAGCUUUGACCAAUUUCUGAGAAAUGCAAAAUAUAAAACAGGUAAUAACUUGUCACUUAUAUUAGUGGAAGAACUCCCCAACAUAUUUCAUAUGGAUACAAGAAUGGCAUUUAGAAAGUCUUUAGAGGAGUGGUUAUAUAGUAAUGACGCCAGGCUUCCUCCUCUUGUGGUUUGUUUGACUGAGUGUGAGAUAAAAUCAACUGAAAAAAGUAACAUAAAUUCCUUUAGCGUAGAUACUAUAUUUAAUGCAGAAACAGUUUUAGGAAGAGAGUUAUUGAAUAAUCCAAGGCUAAAAAGGUUGAAGUUUAAUCCAAUCAAUGCGACUCUAAUGAAAAAACACUUGACUAUGCUUGCGACUGAGAACAAAGAUUUAUUAAAACAGAACAAUAAAUGGGAAGUUAAAGAACUAUUUAUUAAGGAGUUAUCUUUAAUAUCCGGAGACCUUCGUUCUUCGAUUGCAGCAUUCGAGUUUUGGGCAUCGUCAUCUACUAAUUUAUCAAUGUUUACGAGAAAUGAGGCUAUAUCCUUCUUCCAUGCAAUUGGUAAAAUCAUACAUGGUUCCAAAGAAAUAUCCGAUGACAAUGAACUGAUAAAUGAUUUAUUUCAAGGGUCUAGUAAUUUAGUAAAUAGUAAUAAUUUUAAAUUAGGGUUGUUAGAAAAUUAUGAUGUGCCUAAUAAAGGGAAAUUUUCUAUUGACAUGGCUUCAACAAUUACAGAUGCACUAAGUCUUUCGGAUCGAUAUGAUACUAGUGUAGAGUUACUAGAGCAUUCGGCUAGGUUAAUUAGAUACUCGUAUGAUCAAUUUAAAUCGAAAGAUCAUCAAAGUGGAAAACCUAAGUUCUCAAGAGAAUGGAAAAUUAAAAGAUUGCAACAAGAAUUCAUUAUUGAAUCGGAGGAUUACAUGAAUGUUUCCAUGUACAAGUACCAGGAGUCAAAAUCGAUGUACAAUACCAUUUUGUAUGAUAGUUAUUAUUCACCAUAUAUUAAAAAGAUAAGGAAUUUCAAAAAGAAAUCAUUGGCGUAUUAUUUAGAAACAUUAUCUGAUUCAAAGGCUUCUAGAAGAAGAAAGGCAGAAAUAAUAGAAAAGAAUAAAGACUACUUCAAAAUUGAUGAAAAUGUUGACCUAUUAAACAGAUUUGGAGGUGAUAUAAAAAUAAUAAGCAAUGAAGAGGUUAUGUCAACGGUAGAUGAUGAAAGCUUGAAGCUACCUCAGUCCAUAACUAAUUUAAUGGAACAGAAGCAAUCAAGACUAAAAGUACUUUCUGAGAAAUAUGACAAUAAUUUUCUUACAAAUCGUUAUGAACUUGACAUAUCCAAUGUGGAAUUAGAUAAAGAAGCAGAUUUCGAGGAUGACCCAAUUAUUGAUUCAUCAGAUGGAGAGUUUUUAAACAAAACACACGUUGCUGAAACUUCACAUCUUGAUGAGGACGAAGAUGACUCUUUAUAUGAAAUUCUUUCGCAAAAAAAACCAUUGACGAAAGAACUUAAUUCAAAAAGAAUAAAUGAAUCACUGUCAGAUUCUGAUCUAGAUGAUCUAUAG